CUACAGUAGAGGAAUUAUAAUUUUUUUUUUCUUUCAGUGAGAGAAAAAAAUUAAAUCCUUGAUUUUAUUAACUUCCGUCCCUUGUUGAAGGCCCGAAGACCGCUCAAGAGUCAAGUCUUUCCACAACUUUUGUCCAAGUCAACCGACUGGUCAAGUGGGAUUUGGGAAGCAUACAAGCAUCAUCUACCUUCUUUCAAGGGAAAUGUAUACGUCGCUUGUGAGAAUCAAAGGAUUAGAUUUUAAAAGAAUUGAGAGAUAGAUAUUGGAGGUGCCCGGACGGCGGCUUAAUUUGUUUUCCGGUUUUAGCUUUACAUUGGUUUAUAGAUUAUCAUAUAGUGAAGGAAGGAUGUGUUGUUCUAUCUGUUUGCGCUUCAGUGCUUUCUUAGUCUCUGUCUUUCUCUUUUUCCUUCUGUUGCACCUUCCUCUUCUCUCAGCUGGACCAGAUCAUGUCUCAUAUUGUUCAGCUCUGCCCCAUUUCUGCGGAAACUUAAACAUCAGUUAUCCCUUCUUCUUCGACGACACCAAAUUUCACUGCAACAGCAGACGUGGAGUAGAACUCAUUCGUUGUAUAAAUGGAUCCACAUCGGUACUGAUCUAUACCGGGGUGGAGAAUGAUGACAGUACAUAUGAGGUUCAAAGCAUCAAUUACACCACCAACACCAUAUUAGCUCGUGACCGGAAGUCCACUCGAGACUGGCUCUCCGACAAUGACAAAUGCAAUGCCCUCUUCAACAAUUAUACUAUGCCACCUAUUUUCCGUUAUCUCUCAGCUCAUGUGAUAAGCCCCAACCUUACACUAAGAGUAUGCAAGCGCCAUCCAAUUAAUGGUGUCGUCCUUGACAAGGACUGUACGGUUGAGGCAAUACCAGAUGCAGCAGAUGUACCUGCACCUGGACCUAGUUCUCAUUCCUCUACAUAUGACUGCAAACUGGUUCAUCUUCCCGUGGAUGUGCGACCUUCCACAUUCCAUGGGUUGGUUGAUCCUGUCUCGAAAUUGUUCACUGCUGGGUUUCGUGUUCAAUGGAACCUUCCCAAAAUAUGUCAUCAGUGUGAAAAGAAUGGAACAGUCUGCAGUAGAUUCCACGACCAGCAAGAUAAUUUGUCAUGUGUACCAAAGGAUGGUGAAUGGAAUCACGGAAAUGGGGAGAACCAUAGAACAUUCAAAAUGAAUACUACUCGAGUUAUUGUAUUCAGCUUUAUAUUGGCGAUUACGUUGGUGGCAAUUCUUGUGGGUCUUGUAUACUAUGUGUACCACUUGACAAGGAAGUUAUCAUCAAAUGGACCGAUGUCAUUUACUCAAAAUGUUGAAGCUUUUCUAAGGAAUUAUGGAUCCUUGGCACCGAAAAGAUAUAGUUAUUCAGAUAUAAAGAAAAUCACAAAUUCGUUUAAAGAAAAAUUGGGCCAAGGUGGUUACGGUGGUGUAUUCAAAGGGAAGCUACCUGAUGGUCGUUUGGUUGCAGUGAAAGUCCUAAAUGCCUCUAAAGGGAAUGGAGAAGAGUUUAUUAAUGAAGUUGCAAGCAUUAGUAGUACUUCCCAUGUUAAUAUUGUGACUCUUCUAGGAUUUUGUUUUGAUGGCUCCAAAAGAGCACUUAUCUAUGAGUUCAUGUCCAACGGAUCUCUUGAGAAGUUCAUAUACAACAAGAAAUCGAUGAAAACAUGUCCUCACUUCGGUUGGGAAAGACUAUAUCAAAUUGCAGUUGGCACUGCCCAAGGAUUAGAAUAUUUACAUCGUGGUUGUAAUACUAGAAUUCUGCAUUUUGACAUAAAACCUCAUAACAUUCUUUUGGAUGAAGACUUUUGUCCAAAGAUAUCUGACUUUGGUCUUGCAAAACUAUGUCCUAGAAAGGGUAGUAUCAUAUCAAUGGCCGAUGCCAGAGGAACAGUAGGAUAUAUUGCACCAGAAGUGUUCUCUCGGAACUUUGGAGGAGUUUCACACAAGUCGGAUGUCUAUAGCUAUGGAAUGAUGGUGCUAGAAAUGGUUGGAGGACGAAAAAACAUUGAUGCGGAAGUUGAUUACAUCAGUGAAAUUUAUUUUCCUCAUUGGAUAUAUAAGCAUAUUGGACAAGAUAAGCAUUUACCAUUAGACAUGAUUAUGGGGGAAGAGGAAGAAGGAAUAGCCAAGAAGAUGGUUUUAGUAGGUUUGUGGUGCAUACAAAUGAAUCCAACAAAUCGACCAUCAAUCAGCAAAGUGGUGAAUAUGUUAGAAGGUACCCUUGAGUCAUUGCCAAUCCCCCCCAAGCCGGUCUUCUCUUCUCCUCCAAGACAUCUAGCUGAUUCUUUUACCCGAUCAACAUCUUAAU